AAUUAUUUCAACAAAUGUUUAUCAUAUUUUUUGAACAACAGCUUGUAAAAGAUCCACAUAUUUCCACCUAAGCCAUUGGAAUAUCUGAUAUCCACAAAGAAAUUCCGGACAUCCUAUCGGUGAAGUGUCAUUGUUUGUCACUAGGAAUGUGUCCCUGCUAAAGACAAGAGAAGUUUGUAGUGAAGUCAAAUCUGUAACUACUUUUAUUGGAAGAAAGUGCAAAGCGCUCCUCCGAGGAAGUAUAUUUGUCCAGGCUGAACCACUCUGAAGUUCCAGCCUGCGUCACGUGACAUCUCAGUCUUUCCACGCCGAUCAUUCCUGUGGAUAUUUGCAACAAAAGACAAAGUGCGGUGUAACCAAACCCUCAUCAUGUGAGGAUGUUCGCUCCAAGUUUCGAAGUUUCUGGAUUACGGAGCGAAGACGCAACCAUGGCGACCAUGGGAUCGCGAGCAGCGACAAUGGAGCUCUCUCGUCAUCAUCGGGCAACGACCAACACGAGGCGGCUACAGGAGGCGUUGUACACGCACCUCGACGAGCACGAGCGGGCGGCUUUCAUCGACGUCCUCAACAAUUACGGCGCGCGCCGCGACAUCUUCGAGCUCGUCAACAGCCUCCGCAAGAUCCUCAACACGCCCGUCAAGCGCCACCUCUUCCCCCUCGUCCGCAGCGUCCUUCGCACGUCCGACGUGGCGGCCUUCGACCUCUUGACCCGGGGUGGGCGGGCCUAUGGCACGCUGCCCCGCCCUUUCCUUUACCGCCCUCACGUGGCUGACCUUUCCGUCCUGCGCAAACACCGCGCCGCAGUAGCCGCCAGCACUUCCGGUCGUCUGCACGAGGCCGCCGCCAUCGGCCACAAGCGCAAGUGUCAGAGUUUGGCCUCGGAUCCUUCCACCCGAGACGAUCUGCCACGUGACAAGUCAACUGUGAAGGUGGUGAUCCAAGGGUGGGACGAGGAUUACGAUGGGUUUGGGUUUAACAUUCGUGGCGGGGCGGAGUAUGGGCUGGACGUGUACGUGUCCAGUGUGGAUGCCGGUGGACCGGCUGAUGUUCAAGGUCUGCAGGUGGGGGACCAGAUCACGGCGGUCAACGGCAUCUCCUUCCAGAGAAUCCAACACGCAGAAGCUGCCAGGAUCAUUCGCUCGGCCACCCGCUUGGAGCUGCUGGUGCACCGGGUGGGGCGAGUUCCGGCGUCUCAGACAGUGCACGAAGCCUACAAGUGGGUGGACGCCAGGGGGCGCCCCGUCUCGCCCCCACCCGACCUCACGAGCGCCGGCGACCUCCUGGAUGACGUGGACAUCCGCAGCCGCAGCAGCCUGAACCUUCUGAAGGGGAGACGACGAGCGGAAGGUAGUUUCAAUCCUUUUAGUUGCCAUGGCGUCAACAUCGUGGUGAGCAAAGGUCACACGCUGGGCCUGACGGUCAGAGGUGGCAAGGAGUUCAGCCUCGGCAUCUACAUCUCGGGGGUCGACCCAUUCUCGGUGGCAGAAAGUGCGGGUCUCAAGGUCGGGGACCAGAUCCUGGACGUCAAUGGCCAGACACUGGUGGGAGUCACCCACGUGGAAGCGGUUCGAAUCCUGACCCGCUCACGUCACAUGAUGUUGACAGUCAAAGACGUUGGGCGAGUGCCGUACGCCAAGUCCACCACAGACCACUCGCGACUUGGGGGCAAAGAUGGCCAUUCCACCCGGGGUGAUCAGGCUACGGCAGAGAUUGACACUGAGCUACAAAUCGAAGUGUCUAUCAACAGGUAUGAAGGGCGAAGGACUAGUUCACCCAGACGACUACUUCAGCCUGCACAGGUGGGGUUCUCCCGGGGGGCUGGCUCCCAACUGAUGCUGUCGGCGAUGACGUCACGGCCGCACUGGGAGGCUGUGGAGGACCAGGCGCGCCUCCUGCUCAACGCUAAGGAGCAGGCUACUCUACGAUAUUACCUGUCUGAAUACGGGAGGAACUCCGUGCAAGUGAAGGGUCUGGUGGUGGCCUUGACCGAGCUCCUUAACACGGGGGCAAAGAUGACCCUGAUUUCGGGGAUCCGAACCCUCGUGCAGCCCAGGGACCUAGACGAUUUCGACAGCCUGCUUCAGAACCACCAGAAACAGACGGGAGUGAGACAUACAAACCAAACACUUGAUUUUGAUGCCGUUUCCCUAAUGUCAGAGGACAGCGGCGAUGCUUUUCUUGAUGAGAUGAAUAUGAGAACUCUCUUUCCACGACGCAGACAAAGCCAGCGAUCAAACCAACGAAAUGGCACUGCCACUAGAGCCAGUCCUUUGAUCACCAGACCGGUGCCCUUUACGAGAGGUCAAGCUAGAAGAGUCAAAGGUCAGGGGCGGUCCCGAUCACGUUCUCCUGGCACACAUGGGUCAUCGUCGGGUGGACCUGCCCCUGCUCAACCUGCAGCUCGUGUUUCGAUCGUCAAGGCUGAGGUUCAUCCCAGGGUCAAGGCGUUGCUGCUCACCUUCUGUCUGACAGGACGGGUGCCCUGGGUGGGUCAGUUAGCGGAGAGGCUGGCAAAGCCGCCGGGACUGGGACCAGCGCUGGACACCUCAGUCAGAAUCAGAAAUGUGAAUAUUCUGUCUGGAGAAUCAGGACAGCAGCUGCUGAUACUUGGAUGCAAGCGUCAGGCAAGUGCACUGUUCUCAGUCUUGUCUUUGUGCCUCGCACUCGCACACACAGCUGUGUCAAGCUGUGAAGAACACUUGUUGUGCAGAAGAACAGCUGGGAAGAACAGCUGUUACAUACAAACAAGCCUGACGAUUAAAAGAAAAGGUGGAGACAAAAAGUUGUUGUGCCAAGAAAAUCUAAUUAAAAAAGCAUUUUUUUUACUCGAAAGAGCAAUCCGAGGAACAGGUGCACGAAGAAAAUGUGAUCUCAACAGCAUGGAUGGGUGCCUGGAGCUCUCCACGUUCCACAUUCCUCGACCGGAAGUGUACACGCCGCUGGAGCUUGCCAUGAUGGAGGAAGAGAGGAAGGAGGAGGAGCUGAAGCAUCGAGGGCGUGAAAAAUACGGAGAUGUUCCCCUGCAGGUGGUCUACAUCUACCGCUGCAAGCCUACCCUUGGGGUGGCCAUUGAGGGCGGCGCCAACACCCGACAACCUCUUCCUAGAGUCAUCAGCGUGCAGCCCGGCGGGUCAGCGUUUGAGUCCGGAGGGCUGAAGGUGGGUCACGUGAUCUUAGAGGUCAACGGCGUGGCCUUGGCGGGCAAAGGUCACACUGAGGUCGCCAAGCUGAUCGCAGAGACCUUCAAGGACAAGGAGCAGGGUCGCAUGGAGCUGCUGGUCACCGAGUCCUCGGACGAGGUCAUGGAGCGCCUUCUGGAAAAACUGGGCGGACUCGUGAUCGCAGGGUGAUCUCCUCCCUCCCUGCCCACCAACCGUUAGUCAUCACUCAGCCUCGCCUCUCCGCCAUCAUCAGAUCCUCUAAUCACGUGGCUACUCAACACUUACGACAUGCGGGUCAACUGUACAGAGAGAUAGAAAGAUGAAUCCCAAGGACCAGGCUGACAUUUUCACAAACACUAAUCUUCCCCGACAUAUGUUUGUUGUUGAUUUUGCUGGAAUUUUGUUGGCUGGUCAAAACGAUAGCUGGCCUUGGUAACAGAACUGUUGGUUGUGGUAAUUGUUAUUAGAGGAACCUGUCACAGCUCGGACACGCGCACGGACUGGCGGAAAAAGAUUGCUGCUUUAACAUCUUCCUUCAUGGUUUAUUUUAUUCAUCUAAGAUAGUAUUCGAUAAUUAUAAUGAACAAAAUGAACAAAGUGCAGUAUUUUUAAUGCAAAGUAGUCACUUUGCUUGUUUUCUUUGUUGGGAGCAUUCUAUUCAUCAAGAAAAGAAACUUCAAUAUAAUAAAUAUCACUGUUUUAA